AUGUCGGCAAGUGCGGCUGCGGCGAGUGAAGGGGAUGACAGUUCAAGUGAUCCAGAAGCCCCGAAGCAGAGGCAGAUUGUUGGCAAAGCCGUGCAAAGACUUGUCUGGGCUGACGUAAAGCACCGGAUUGUCAAGAAGAGUCGCCAGCUAGGCUUAGCAACGAGAACAAUGCUUCAGGCUCACACCACGACAUCUUCAGGACGGCUGACAAACAAGUUUGAUAAGCAAAUAGCUGGGCAGCUUCAGUCGCUUGAUAGGCCGUUGUCUAAGCAUGCGAAAGAGACAAGGCUGCUGAGGGAGCAUGCAAAGCUACAGCUAUUGGAGAAGUCAGCGCCACUUCGAGCUGAAUACAUGGAGAAGUUGAAGCAGUUGAUGAAGCAGCGAGCCACUGCAGAUCCUGACAUGUGGAAUUGCAUCAAGGGUUGCUAUGAGUCGCUGAUCGACACUGUCUGGGAAGAUAUCCAAAAGGAAAUUGAGCUGAACGUGGAGUUGGCCUGGAUGAAGUUUGAGAAGUACCAGGAGCAGUCGGGUCCAACAUCAAGAUGGUUCUGCUGCUAUAUUUGGGUGCGGAACUUUGUGCUGAAACAUUAUCUUCCAUUCGACAAGUCGUUGUUUGGCAAGCUUAAGGAUCCGCUCUACAUUGCCCUGACUUUUGCUAUGCUGAUUCCAAAUGCCGGUUUCCGCGUCAGCGUCCUGUCACUGAUUCUUAUUUUCAUUUUAUUCCCAUGGCCACCUGAUGAAUUCCAGUUGAUCAACUUCAUUCUUCUGUGCAAAGGCACGCAGUUCAUCACUGGAGGGUUGCUCUCAAUGUCACAAGGGUCCAUAAUCUAUUUGAAAUGUUUCACAUGGCAUGAUGCUGACCUGGGGAAAUGUAUCUCCGAGCGUGGCCCCGGCCAAGUCUCAUCGCUCGCUUUGGCAAUGGCUGACUACCUGGGUAGUAUCGUUCUGGUUUGGAUAGCUUUCCUGGCGCUUCCAUAUGCGCGCGAGCAGCGAGCUGCGGCAUUGGCCAAGGGUAGGAGUCAAGCUCCGAGCAGGGUUGGAAUCGACCCGGAUCGUGAUCCAUCAGCAGGUGCAACGGACACCGAGAAGGGUGGUCAAGGUGGUCGUCUGGCAAGUCUUCUAAAAUAUGAUGUGACUUGCUUUGCCAUUUCUUUACUGGUGUUAGUGGUGCUCACGCUCAGUUCGUACGAACUACCGGAUCGACAUGUGACACUAUGGCGGCACCUCCUGGAGAACAUCUUCUGGUGCAAAGUCUUGUACUCGCUGCUGUCGAUGCCAUUUUCUCUUUUCACCAUUCAGCCGCUUCAGCAGGUAUUGACCCAUGCUGCUCCAACCGGGUUCAAUGCUCAAGGAGCUUGUGUGCCAUUCAGUCUGCCAGAGCCCUGA